GCUACGGGAGUCUGGCAUGUGUCUGAACAACGAAGUGAAAAAGUGUAGCCUGAAACUUUUCUCGAAGGCAUGGAGGAGGUCUUACCGAAAGUUUAAGCUCCACACUAUUUUAGUUUACACGGAGGAAAACAACCAAAGAACGCAGAGAUUUGUAAAUCCUUUACGAGACGAGGUUCUUACCUUGCGACUUUGGAGUUUUAUUCUCUUCCGGAUUUAUCGUAGUCGCUUGGAAGUUCGUGUUUUUGGGAACGGAGCUGGAAUUUUACCGUGUCGAAAAUGUCCUCUCCAACGCGGCCGCUGAGGGCUGCGAAGUAUGCAGUUGUUUUCCUCUUACUAUGGCGAGUGGAACUAAUACUUGGAAAUGGAGACAAAUCACAUUCGUGUCCGUCUCCCUGCACAUGUAUAGAUACUUUAUUGGACUGCAGCCGACAGAAGUUGGGGAAAGUUCCUGAUAAUCUACCGCUUUGGAUCGAACAGUUGGACCUGAGCCAUAACAAGCUCCAGUCACUUGACGGUUCUUUGUUUGGGAAACUACAGCACCUAAGUGAAAUAAAGUUAAACAACAACGAGCUGGACGCAAUUCCUGAUCUGGGCCCGGUGGCAGGAAACAUCACAACUCUGAUUCUAGCAAACAACAAGAUCAGCAGGAUGUCCCCGGAGCACCUGAAGCCCAUGGCGGCCCUGGAGACGCUUGACCUUAGCAACAACAACCUGGUCGAGCUGCGCAGCGGAUCGCUACCCCCUCUGCCUCUCAAGAACCUGUACCUGAACAACAACCGGAUAUCUAUGUUGGAGUUGGGUUGCUUCGGGAACCUGUCCGGAACGCUCCAAGUUCUCCGGCUCAAUCGGAACAAACUCUCCAACAUCCCUGCCAAGCUCUUCCAGCUCCCCAAUCUGCAGCAUCUCGACUUGAGCCGGAACCGAGUGCGGCGUAUCGAGGGCCUGACGUUCCACGGGCUGCCCGGGCUGCGGUCUCUACGCAUGCAGCGGAAUGGCAUCACUCGCCUGAUGGACGGAGCGUUCUGGGGUCUCAGCAACAUGACAGUGUUGCAGCUGGAGUACAACAACCUGACGGAGGUGAGUAAGGGCUGGCUCUACGGGCUCCGGACGCUGCAGCAGCUGCACCUGGCCCACAACACCAUCAGCCGGAUCCGCCCCGACGCCUGGGAGUUUUGCCAGGCGCUCAGCGAGCUGGACCUGAGCUCCAACCACCUGACGCGGCUGGAGGAGUCCAGCUUCGCGGGCCUCAGCGUUCUCGACCAGCUCCACAUCGGCAACAACAAAGUCAGCUUCGUCGCCGACGGCGCCUUCCGCGGCCUCUCGAGGCUACAGACCCUGGAUUUGAAAAACAAUGAAAUCUCGUGGACCAUCGAGGACAUGAACGGCCCAUUCCGCGUACUGGACAAGCUGAAGAAGCUAUUUCUGCAGGGGAACCGCAUCCGCUCUGUUACCAAGAGUUCCUUCUCUGGACUGAAAAUGCUGGAGCACCUAGACCUGAGCAACAAUGCCAUCAUGUCUAUUCAAGCCAAUGCCUUCUCUGAGAUGAAACUACUCACUGAGCUCCACCUCAACACGUCCAGCCUGCUAUGCGACUGCCAGCUGAAGUGGUUCCCUCAGUGGGUGGCCGAGCACGCCUUCCUCCCGCUGGUCAACGCCAGCUGUGCCCAUCCCCAGAUGCUCAAGGCCAAGAGCGUCUUCAUCGUCCGCCAGGACCAGUUUGUUUGUGACGACUUCCCCAAGCCUCAGAUCACGGUGCAGCCCGAGACCCAGUCGGCCAUUAAGGGCACCAACGUGACCUUCGUGUGCUCGGCGGCCAGUUCCAGCGACUCGCCCAUGACGUUCGCCUGGAAGAAGGACAACGAGAACCUAAACGAUGCCGAGAUCCACAACCAGGCGCACGUGCGGGCCCAGGGCGGCGAGGUGACGGAGUACACCACCACCCUCCAGCUCCGCUACGUCGAGUUCUCCAGCGAGGGGAAGUACCAGUGCGUCAUCUCCAACCACUUUGGCUCGUCCUACUCCAACAAGGCCAAGCUCACAGUCAACAUGCUACCUUCCUUCACCAAAAUGCCCAUGGACUUGACCAUCCGAGCUGGUGCGACUGCCAGACUGGAGUGUGCCGCAGGGGGCCAUCCCUCCCCCCAGAUCGCCUGGCAGAAGGACGGUGGCACUGACUUCCCUGCUGCCCGCGAGCGGCGAAUGCACGUGAUGCCCGAGGACGACGUGUUCUUCAUCGUGGAUGUGAAAACUGAGGACAUUGGCGUGUACAGCUGCACUGCCCAAAAUACAGCCGGAGCCAUAUCUGCUAAUGCUACGCUAACUGUGCUAGAAACCCCCUCGUUCCUGCGUCCUCUGACCGACCGAACUGUUGCUAAGGGCGAGACGGCCGUGCUUCAGUGCAUCGCCGGAGGCAGUCCCCCUCCCCGCCUCAACUGGACCAAAGACGACAGCCCGCUGCUGGUCACCGAGCGUCACUUCUUCGCCGCCGGCAACCAGCUACUCAUCAUUGUGGACGCUGCCGAGGGCGACGCAGGAAAGUACACGUGCGAGAUGUCCAAUCCCCUGGGCACGGAGCGCGGUCACCUGCGCCUGGCCGUGCUGCCCAACCCGAACUGCGACUCCAGUCAGCCACAGCCCACCUCCACCAACCCGGACGAGGAUGGCUGGACCACAGUGGGCAUUGUGAUUAUCGCUGUGGUGUGUUGCGUGGUGGGCACCUCGCUCGUGUGGGUGGUCAUCAUCUAUCACACGCGCCGGCGCAACGAGGACUGCAGUGUCACCAACACAGAUGAAACGAACCUUCCAGCCGACAUUCCUAGUUACCUGUCAUCUCAGGGAACAUUAGCAGACCGCCAGGAUGGAUAUGUCCCGUCCGAGAGCAGCAGCAGCCAUCAGUAUAUGGCUCCACCGAUGGGAGGCUUCUAUAUGCAGCCCAAAGACAUGAAUGGUCUAUGCCAACUGGAUACAGGAAGUGAAGCGGACAUGGAGGCGGCCAUUGAUCCUCUGCUCUGCCAUUACCAGGGCCCUAUUGGCUCGCUCCUCAAACAGGGGAACCUGUACGGACCAGACCCUACUGAUGUCUUCUCAGGCUGUGGCAUGGACCAGAGACCCAUGUGCAUUGACUCCUACAGCGGCAGCCUCAGCAGCAACAAGAAGAGGGACUACUUCCCCUGUCCGUCCGGCUUGGGUGACUCCUACGACCACAUGGCCUCCAGCGUCCUCAUGCAGCUUCCCAGUGCCAGCUUACCAGGGACACUGCACGCCCCGAAUGACAGUGUUGCCCACCUGGUGGACCAAGACUGCGGCAACUACAGGCGGCCACGUCCCCCCUCCAAUAGCUUCAUGGGCACAUUUGGGAAAGCCCCGUGGAGGCCUUCCAAACAAGUGUACCCUGGUUUCACAGCAACCGGGGUGACCCAAAAUGGGGUCACGCUCCACGAGAACCCCUACGCCGCCCUGGAAGCCGACUCCGGCCACGAGGAAGACAAGGACCCCGCCCCGAGAUAUGAGGACGUUGUGCAGGACCAGAGCCUGGGCAUCUACGAGCAGCCAAUCGACAUCAACAGGACAGAAGGACAAUUUCAAGGACCCACACAGGCUAGCACGUAGCGACAUUGCUACAUUUAGCCAGCGAUGAACUCUUUUUGAUGGGACAUUUUUCAGCUUUGUUUUGAAAGAGGAUGACCAAAAAGACAGACGUGCUACCUCAGUAUGGACACUUACACGUACGGAACCCUUUUGGUGUUUGUGAAAGGAUGAAUGGACAAUUCCAUGUACGGACUUCUAUGUCAUUGUGAAAGGAUGAAUUGACAAUGAUGUGUACGGACCUUUUUUGUCUUUGUGAAAGGAUAAAUGAACAUUUCCAUGGACGGACCUUUUGUCAUUGUGAAAGUUAUGAAUGUAAACUGUUGAUAAGAAACCAUUCAAAGUAAAUGCAGACUUUACUGGGGUAUAGUAAUAAAGUCUUUUUUUACUUUUGGGAAAAGACAUCAAUACAAGAUAUUGAAUAUAUAUAAAUAUAUAUAUACAUUUUUAUACAAAGUCUAAGUAUAUUUUGUAAAUUAAUAGUGUACAUACAAGCCAUUAUUUUUGCUUACUUUUUCCCCUCAAAAUGUAAAGUUGUUGAAAUGUUGCGACCAAGUGUAUCCAGUUACUCAUGCUUAAGCUAUUUGGUGAGUAAAGCACUCUUUUGCACAUACCCAUAACCUAAUAAAACACCAUAACAUGUGCUGCUACGUACAUUCA